CUCCUCUAGCUUCUUGAAAAGUUACUUUUUCAUUCAAUACCCCUUAUCCAACAAGAGGGUGAAAAAUUACUCCUUCGGGCCUCCAAUCGUAUCAGAAGAGAAGAAUAAGUUUCACUUUCUAUUACAUUUGUAUAUACAUCAAAGCAUGUUUUCCCUUCCGUCUAUACUAUCUAACAAUAUUCAAACUCAAUCAUCUUCAUCUCUACUCUUCAACAACCACCAUCAUGGUUUUCAUCAUUCAACUCGACCGUCACCUCGACUUCACCACCGCCUACUCUUCUCUUCAUGUGCCCAAACUGACGGCUCAACUACCACCAACAACAAUAACUAUGUCUCAAUUCCAAGUCUUGAUGACAAUGUUACCAGACUUUCCAAAUUUUUAGAAUCACCGAGGCUCUCGAAAAUCGAAGCGAACACAUCAUCACAUCCCCUUUCCAACUCCAACAAGCUUAAAAUAGCUAUUAUAGGCUUUGGCAACUUUGGACAAUUCAUUGCCAAGGCCUUCAUUCAACAAGGACACAUUGUACUAGCUCAUUCCCGUACUGACUAUUCCCAUGUAGCACAAUCCCUUAAUGUCAACUUCUUCAAAGAUCCCAGUGACUUAUGUGAGCAACAUCCUGACAUUAUCUUACUUUGCACUUCCAUUAAUUCCCUCGAACGAGUCAUUCAUUCCCUUCCCAUCCAAAAGCUUAAACGUAACACACUUUUCGUAGACGUACUAUCAGUCAAAGAAUUUCCAAAAAAUAUGUUCCUUCAAUCACUACCUCAAGAAUUUGACAUUUUAUGCACUCAUCCUAUGUUUGGUCCAACUAGUGGUAAAGACAGUUGGAAAGGACUACCAUUUAUGUUUGACAAAGUUAGAAUUGGCCAAGAAGAGUCAAGGAUUAAAAGGGUCAACAAUUUCAUAAAUAUUUUUGAGAAAGAAGGUUGUAGGAUGGUAGAAAUGAGUUGUUUUGAACAUGACAAGUAUGCUGCUGACUCACAAUUUAUUACACAUAGCAUAGGCAGAGUGUUACAAAAACUUGGACCAGAGACAACUCCUAUAAACACAAAAGGGUAUGAGAAGUUACUGAAUUUGAUGGAGAAUACAAUUGCUGAUAGUUUUGAUUUGUAUAGUGGUUUGUUUAUGUAUAACAAUAAUUCUAUGAAGGUCUUAGAGAGAUUGGAUGCAGCAUUGGAGAGUGUGAAAAGAGAAUUAUUUGGAAAAGUUCUUGAGAAAUUGGAGAAGAGAGUGGUAAAGGAAAGCAGGGUUGCUUUCCCUACUACUUUUUCUAACACUAUUGAAAAGUUGCAAGUUGAGAGGAAGGAAGAGGCUCUUUCUUGAUCCUAAUUGAAAUACAAGUUGGUCAUUUUUUUAAUCCUUUUUCAAUAAUAGUGGUUGAUUUGUUUAAUAAGAGUUGAUAUUUAACACC